AUGUAUCAUGGCUCGAGUAUUUACACAGCAGAUAACAAAAUAAUUUCUCGCGUGGUAAACUCCGCCCCCUUUCUUCGCUUCCAGGAAGCGCGCGCCUACCUGGUAAAGAUCCAUGCAGCGACUUUCAGUGAGAGAGGAGUGGGCACGCGCAGCGUCACGGAGCAGGAGGGCCGGGCAGGAUCACCGGGACCGAGCUGCUAUUCUCAUUUCAUCCCGCCUACAGGACAGAGAGCUGCGGCUUGGGUCGUACCGCCAGAGUUGCACCACUGGAAUCUGCGUUUAAGACGACUACUGAUGGCGACCAGUGAGGACGCUCCUCUAGAGUUUUCUAACACGUGUGAGGAUUCCUUUUACUUUCUAGAUACUGAAUGUGCGUCAUGUACUGCCCCGCUUGUAGAAGAUUCUUUCAGGAAAUCCAAUCAAAGUCCAAAAACCUACUGGAUUCAAAGCAUGGACCAGAAGUUCCUGGUUUUGAAGACGUCGGGGGAGUUUGAGUUUGAGAACAGAACUGUGGAUGAUCAGGAACAGUCUGAUUGCAAAUUUGGUCUCCAGAUUUAUCAAAACUCAAUAAGUGACCGUGGACAGCCGGUCAUGCUCUACGUCUGCAUCGAUGGCCAGAAAAUGAUGGUUUCCUGCAAAAACAACAAGGAAGUCUUUCCAGAGCCCAUGGAUCCUAAAAGUCUCGAGAAUAUUAAUGGAACAGGACACAAGGCCUUGUUCCAGUGGAAAAAAAUCUCGACCGACAAAUACAAGUUUGAGUCCACCAUGUACACGGGUCAUUUCCUGGCCUUUGAACCCUCAGACAUGCCCUGCUUGCACAAACUGAUUCUGCGUCAAGCAUCUAAGGACGAAGUGGAUGAGCCCACAGUGAUUGGUGUGAAACACUGCAGUCUGUAAUAAUUUCUCUUUGCAAAUUACAACAUACACCCACAGGCCACUUUAUUAGGAACACCUUGCUGGCAUCAGGUUACAACCCCCUGUUCCUUUUAGAACGUGCUCAGCUGGCAUCACACAGGGACUUUGUCGGCUAAACAUCCAUGAUGUGAAUCUCCUGUUCCAGCAGCUCUCAGUCAGCUCAUUGUUAGACUUUCUCUCCUUGUUUGGUGUUGGCGGGCUUAGCUGACUGGAGCGUUUACCCGGUGGCGUUUUCUGCGGAUGGUGCCCAUCUGCAGAGUUGCGUUUCUGAAAACCUGGGUUGUAAAGAGGGGCGAUCUGAGCAACCGUUGCCUCUCAUCACUGCCCUGUGAUUGGCUGAUUUGCUGUUUGUACCUAGUAAAGUGGCCAGAGUGUAUUUGUCUGUCCAAGUGACAAAACCACCUUUGGUGGUUCUGUCAAAAAAAAAAAAAAAAAAAAAAAAAAAAAUGGAGGAAGAACCAGUGGCCUUCCAUCCAUAAUACCUUUUUUUUUAAAGUUAGUUUGAAGUUACACCAGUGAAGGGAAGCCUGUUCUUUGCUCAUUGUGCUCAUUUUAUAUUUUUGUUUGCCAUGUUAAUGCAUUUUACCCUUGUGUUUUAUAUUGAUUUAAUUAAUUUGCUCAAUAAAAACCAGACUAAAA